CGCCAACCGCAUCCCAGCAGACGACAAUUUUUUUAAUACGUUAUGAUGGGAAUGACGUCGUUUGAGUGCAUAGAUCGUUAGUUACCUGAUAAAUAAUCAACGAAGCAAAUUUUGUUCUAAAUUAAUACGAUUUCUUCCGCUUUAGCAAAAUACAUUGCUUAUUGCUCGCGGUUUUAUGUUUGUUUAGCGGUUGUAUUCAAAUAACCAUUCUUCAAAAUCAGAAGUUCAUGUAAUCGUAAUAUAAUAUAUAUGAUAUAAAUUGAUAAAAACGCAUGUACUAAAUACAUCAAGCUAUUAUUUUCGAAGUGUACCAGAGGAUCAUGGCAUGCUUACAUUACGCAAAAGAUUAAACUGGUACGAUGUGUUACUUAUUUAUAAUUGCUUGUUUUUCCGCAAGAUAGCCACAGCUAGUGCGAAGCGAAGCGUGAAAAAAUUACUUUGCUCAAAAUUUCUACUAAGCCACCGAUUUACAUCCAUGCACAACGUGUGACAAAUCGCUUAAUAUCUAGGCUUUCAACUUACAUUUAGUUGUCUAGGCAAGAAAUAUGUCUAACAAAUCAUUCGUAAAAAGAAAUAUUUCAAGAGAGCUCAUGCAUAUCCACGCAGUAGCGAAACCUCAUGUGUGUGAGGUAUGUAAUCGAUCAUUUAAACUAAAAGGAACAUUAAACAGACAUAUGCGUAUUCACACGGCAGAGAAAUCUCACGUGUGUGAAGUAUGUAGCAAGUCUUUCAUACAAAAGGAUCAUUUAAGCAAACAUAUGCUUAUUCACACAAACGAGAAACCUCAUGUGUGUAAGUUAUGUAACAAGUCAUUCAGACUUAAGGGUCAUUUAAAUGAACAUGUGCUUCUUCACAUAGGAGACAAGCUAUAUGUAUGCGAGUUAUGUAAUAAAUCAUUUAGACAUAAGAGUGUUUUAAAUCAACAUGUGCUUAUUCAUACGGGAGAGAAACCUCAUGUAUGUGAGGUAUGUAACAAGCCAUUUAGACGAAAAGAUCAGUUAAGUAAGCAUGUGCUUCUUCAUACAGGAGAAAAGCCAUAUGUGUGUGAGGAAUGUAACAAAUCAUUUAGGCAUAAGAGUGCUUUAAAUAAACAUAUGUUUAUUCACACAGGAGAGAAACCUCAUGUGUGCGAGAUAUGUAGCAAAGCAUUUAUACGAAAGGAUCAUUUCAACAAACAUGUGCUUCUUCACACAGGGGAGAAACCUCAUGUGUGUGCGGUAUGUAACAAAACGUUUAGACUAAAGAGUAGUUUAAGCAAGCAUAUCCUUAUUCACACAGAAGAGAAACCUCAUGUGUGUGUGGUAUGUAGCAAAACAUUUAGACUAAAGUAUCAUUUAAACCAGCAUAUGCUUCUUCACACAGGAGAAAAACCUCAUGUGUGUAAGGUAUGUAAGAAAACAUUUAGACGAAAGAGUAAUUUAAGGAAGCAUAUGUUUCUUCAUGCAGGAGACAAAUUCGUAGGAUAGGCAGCAAAUUAUUUAGACAAAAAAAUGUGAUCUAAACAUGCAUAUGUUUAUCACAGUAGAAUGAAUAGCUUAUGUGUGUGAAGCAUGUACAUGUCAUUUACACAAUAAUAUGUAAUUUGAACAAGCAUAUGCAUGCUUAUUACAUAUAUAUUCCUUACAAGUCAUGCCUCACUUUCAAAACAAUGGUGCAAAUUAAAAUUUUGACAGAUUGAAGCCUAACAAUUUUUUUUAAUUCAGUAAUUAAUAAAGCCUAGUAAAAUGAUUCUCAUGAUAAUAUUGUUCUUGAGGAAAAUAAGAAACUAAUGAAGUUGUGCAUUUUAUCACCAUUUUGGUAAUUUUAAUGAUCCUAUUCUGUAAUUAUGCCCAACAGAUAUUUGCAAAACACAGCUGUCAUAGAAAUAUGAACUAUGACAGAUUAUUUGGAUGUAUUAUUUCAUGGUAGUCAUUGGGUAACUAAGAGACAGAUGUAAUAUUCCUUGUUUUAUAUGAUAAUUUUUAGUAUUUUAAUUUUUUUAUUAUAACCAUAAACUUUUCUGUAUAAGUUAUUUACAGUCUUGGAAGCCAAAUAUUUCUAAAGUCUGACUACUAUGUGUAUGGAUGAAGAAUUUCUGCAGAAUUAAUCCUGCCUUUAAUACUCAAAGUACUACAUAUAAGCGAGUAUACAAGCAUGUAAACUUAUUUGUACAAAGUGUAUGGUAGAACACAAAUAAAAAAUUGUCACCUGAA